CCGCCCGCGCUCCCGGGAAGUCUCGCGAUGCGGUAGCCGGCUGCUCCUGCUGCGGGUGGCUCAGGCUGUUGCUGUGGUUGCCGGAGUUGCGGCGGCGGCGGCGACGGCGCUGGCGGCGGCGGCGCUGGCGGGGGUGGCGGCCCCGGCGGAUGUUGACAUUGUGUUGUUGUUCCUGCCCACGGUAAUGGCGGCGGCGACGGCGGCGGCGGCCGGGACCAGGUCUCCUCAGUAGCCAGAGCCGACACUGCCGAGCGCCAGCUCCGCGGCCUCCGCGCCCGCCGCCUCCCCAGCCGUUCCCCGCGGCCGCCCCAGAGCCAGGGCCCCGGGCGCGGGGCUCGCAGGCGCGGGAUGGCGGAUUUCGAUGAGAUCUACGAGGAGGAGGAGGACGAGGAGCGGGCCCUGGAGGAGCAGCUGCUCAAGUACUCGCCCGACCCGGUGGUGGUCCGCGGCUCCGGUCACGUCACCGUAUUUGGACUGAGCAACAAAUUUGAAUCAGAAUUCCCUUCUUCUUUAACUGGAAAAGUAGCUCCUGAAGAAUUCAAAGCCAGCAUCAACAGAGUUAACAGCUGUCUUCGGAAGAACCUUCCCGUCAACGUGCGGUGGUUGCUCUGUGGCUGCCUGUGCUGCUGCUGCACGUUAGGGUGCAGUAUGUGGCCAGUGAUUUGCCUCAGUAAAAGGACACGAAGAUCGAUUGAGAAGUUAUUAGAAUGGGAAAACAAUAGGUUAUACCACAAGCUGUGCUUGCACUGGAGACUGAGCAAAAGGAAAUGUGAGACGAACAACAUGAUGGAAUAUGUCAUCCUCAUAGAAUUUUUACCAAAGACACCGAUUUUUCGACCAGAUUAGCAUUUGCUUUAUUUAUAGAGACUUUCCAAGUGUGUUGUCUUUCCAACGGUGCCUUGCUUGGUGCUCCCCUGCAGGUGGAAUGAUGCUGGUUCUACAGAAUCGGGUGGUGUUUUUGUUUGUUUUGUUUUUUAAAUAACCGCAUGUUCUAUGUGUGCAUAUUUGUCAAACUUUGCAAGUUAUUUCAUACAGAUGUUUAAUACUUAAGUUAUUGUGCUCUUUUCUGUUAUAUAUUCUGAUUUUCAAGGAUUACUUUUUGUAUUCUCAAAAAAAAAAUACAUUCGAACUUAGCAUAAAAACGGCCAGCCUUUGUUAUUUUGUCAACAAGGUUCACAUGUAUAGUCCUUGUCAAUUCCUUAACCUAGAAAAACAUACUAUCCGUUACAGCAUGCUCAUGCACUGUUUUUUUUUUUUCUUCCCUUUAGAAUUUGCCACAAUAGUUAUGUGAAAACUGUAAGUUUUCUCACGUAGUCCUUUGGGCCUAAGCUGACUGUCUUUCCCAGAAACCUCACAGUUCCUGAUACUUUGUCCCAGUAGAUACAGCUUAGCUUUAUGAAGAACUAGUGGCCAUUUUGAAAAUACCUGUCUUCAAAAGUGGUAAUUUCUCUUGAGUAGACACAUCCCAACUGGUGUGCAUGUACCUAUGGUUGCUAGAGUUGAGACUCAGCAUAGAGCGGCUUCUGUGUCCUGAUUCCAGGGGAGGGGCAGUGAGGAUGCUGUGCUCCAGUUACUGUCUAUUGCCCAGCAAUGGACAGAAGUAGAGCAUUGUCCUUUUUAAAGUUAGAAGUAAAAUGUGUCCCAAUCUAACAUAAUUAUAGAAUGGCUGUGUUUCUGAAUAGUUUGGAAAGAAAACAAAAUUCUAGAAUUAAAAAUCAUCUGUUAUUUGAUACCCCACUGAUAUAUAGUUAUAUAGAGCAGAUAGUUACUAAGAAAUGGAGGGUACAUUUAAAACUAUUUUCAAGUCUUCCCAUUUACUUUCAUCUAGUUACAUCCUUUUUUGAUUGAAAAUUGAAUAUUUAAGUUCAGAUCAGGUUAGCUUGUUGCUUUUAAAUAUACACAUACAUGUAUUUUUUUUCUGCUUGGUUGUACAUAUCUCCACACUAUAGAUUUCUGAAUGAUCUAUGUGUAGACUUUGUUUUUUAUAAGCCUAAAAUUAUACACAUUUUAAUGUGUGUUAAGAACUUGUUCCAUACAGUUGUGGUCUAGAGCAAUAAUGUGAAUAACGUUUGAAAUUAUAUAAACUAUGCUUAAUAAUUUGUAAAAAGAAUUGGUACUCUCCCUUGUAUUAAACUUUUUAAAUACCAAUUUUGUUAAAUUAUAUACCUAUAUUUUUAAAAAGUGUUGCUUUGUACUUCUUUGAAGUACUGUGCAUACACACACACACACACACACACACACACACACACACACCCUAAAUGAGCUAAAUGCCAGUAUCUCAUAUCCUAUGUGAGACUUUAGGAAUUGUCUUUAAAACUUUGACUUAAGGCAGUCCCCUGUCUGUGCCCAGCCCCAGCUCCUCCCCCCAACACAGGAACUUAACAGCUUGAGUCCAUAGAAAACUCUUCUGUGAAGUACUCAGUGUCCAAAGGAGUUUAAUGGUUUCACACCUUAAACGUGUGUCUAGCCAGGGUAGGUGGGAGUGUCCUACCACCAUAAUUAGUGCAGUUCAAAGUCAUGUGGUUCCAAAAUGCAGUGUUCUCUGUGUUUCAGUGUGAAAUAAUUAUGUAUUCACAGUGCUGAGUUAGCCUCAGGCUUCAGAAAGAGUUUAUUUAUAAGCUAAUAAGAAAUCCACUAUGACCACACAGACUAUGCAAGUGUUCCCUGUGUGCAGCUGUCUGUCUGUAGAGUGCCACAGUAUGGGCUUGAGAGGAGACUGACCUAGUUAAGAGGUCAUUCCCCUUAUUGUCAGUUGUAGUUUCAAAAUUAUAUUGUAAGAAUAUUUUCACAAUUAAGUAUAGGAUUUUAAACACUUUUGUAACUGUAAUUAAAAAUGUCUUUAGUGCUGAAAAAAUUCCUUAGACAUGUACUCUCCCAUACUUCACACAUACACAGAAAAACUAGGGUGCGCUCUGGGCAUAUAUCACAGACCAGUCAUGCCCCGAGCUAUAGAGUUUCAGGGAAUAGCUCACAGGGUUACCAUUUCUUAAAGCCUGAAUCUAAGUGUGUACAUGUCUGAGGCACACUUGUUACAAUGAACCUUGGUAGCCAAGGAAAUAUUUAAAAUGUUCCUUAGCUCCUGUUUUCUGAUUUUAGGUUUGUAAAUCAUGAAACAUAGGUUGUUUUUUUUAGACUGGCCAAAAAAUAAAAAAUAAGAUAAAAUAAAAUUAAAUUAAAAAAGGAUUACUGGCCAGAAAUUCCAAUGUUUAUUUAUAAGCUAAUAAAUUACCUAUUAUCUUCUUUUGUAUACCACUGGCUUUUUACAGGUAGUCACUAUUGUAUAUAAACUCUUUUCUCAGAAAAUGUAUUUUACAAACUAUUUUGCACACAACUGUGUAUAUUUGGAUUAAAAUAGCUAUUGCAGAAUCCAGUAGCAAUGAUAAAACUGAUGUGACAUUUUUAGCUUUGAGGUGACUUUGCUCUUCCCUCAUGAAGGGUUCACUGUAUCUAUCCAAGUUACCAGCAGAUACAAUACCAACAGUAUUUAAUGACUAGAUUCUAGUCAUUUAGAAUAUAAACCACAUAAUUUUGUCUUAAAAAUCUACAAAAUAAAUUUAACAAAACCUUGAAUAGUAAAAAAUAAUUUCCAUUAAUUAUAAGAAUAGUUUUCUAAGUGAACAAUUUUCAGUCAGUUAGAACCAUAGCUUUCCCUAUGGUAGUUUCAUCGUAGUUAGGGAGUGUAUCUGAUUGCUUCCUUGUAGACACAAGCUAGCCAUAUAUGCUUUGGAAAGCUCCCAGUGCAGUCGCAUGUAGGAUGCUAGUGGUGAGGUAUGCAGUUGGACCUUUAUCUGCAUGAGCCCACUUACACUGGGUGUAUAUGUGACUCUAGACUUUCCAUGGUGUUUGGCUUCACAGUUUGCCCUGUGAAGUUUAGCUGCAUGCCUGAUAUUUCUCUAUACAGAUUUGCUUUGACUUGCUAUUGACACUACGCCAGCAUCCAGUCGUGGGCCUUCUGUCCUCGUAAAACUUGUGGUGCUGGGUGUGUUCCGAAGGCAUGGUUGGUGAUCCGUAGCCCUGUUACUGAACUAUAUUCUCAAGCACUGCUGCCCUCUUGGUAAUCUAGAAUUUACACCUCUACCUGGGAAUAGUUGAGAAUAGCUUUUCAUUUCAUUCCUGAAGACACUGAAAAUGUUCAUUCUUGUUUGCUUUUGUUCUGUUCUCAGAUAGCCUUACUGUGUAACCUGAGCUAGCCUUCACCUCUCAGUCCCCUUUCUACCCCACCAGGUACUGGGAUCACAGGUUUGUGCCAGGCUGAUAUUUCCAUUAUUUUGACAGCACUGAAAACAGAUUUCAAGAUGCUGAUCCUGGUUUUGUGUUCUGUUCUGUUUUGUUUUGAAAUGGGCUCCAUGUAGUCCAGGGUGGCCUGAAGCCUUUUAUGCAACUGAGGAUUAUAGGCAUUGGCCAUGUGCCAGCAAGGGGCCCAUCUUGGUUUCAGGACAUUUCUGACAAGGUCAUCAAAUUAUUUGACCUCUUUAUUUUUACUUCCUUUGCCAGAACAGGAUGGUGCUGACUACCUCAUGAUGUUACUUUGUUCAGCGGUUGCUUAUUUUUUCUUUUUAUUAAGUUUUAUGUGUGUGUGAGUACUUACUUAGAUGUUUAGUGGUAAUGAUUUGGAUGUACCUAACAGUGUCAGCAUACUAUUGUUAAAUUGUGUGUUUAAAAUUAGAAGUGGGGCACUCCCCAUAUGUACUUAAAAUGUUUUAUAUUGUUUAAAGAUUGGGAAAGUAGUAAAAGAAAAUUAAUGUGAUCUUUUAAAAUGUAGGUGCAUCUGAGACACACAGACUAUGCUCUCCCUUUGCAGUCUCAAACACAAUGUUCUUAAUUUGAGAGUUAACUGUUCUGUUUUUGAAAAAUAAUAUAAUGUCUUCUUAGCUUUGUAUCCCAAGUAUUUUAAUGAACUGAACACCAAGUAUUUAGUUUUUGGUGAAUUAGCUAACUUUUGCUCUGUUACUUCUGUGUAAAGAAGCAGUGUCAACCAACCUUCAAAAGAAGAUUCCCUCCCCCAGGCCGGAGGCUGUGGCUCAGUGGUGUAGUUCAGGCUUGACAGUCUUACACAGUGAGCAAGAGAGCGCUCGCUUCCUCCUGGUUCUGAGCAGUGAGACGCGUCCAGCUUUUUCUCUUGACAUAGCAGAUUUAAAAGUCUAGAAGGAAAAGCUGGGUAUGGUGGUGCAUGCCUAUUCAUGCCAUAGCUCAGCAGGCAGAAGCAGGAAAUUCUCUAUGACUUGGAGGCCAGCCUAGUCUAUGUACUGAGCGGUAGCUAGGCCAGCCAAGGCUCCAGAGUGAGAACCUGUCUUAGGUUCUUAUUACCCCCACAAAACCCUAGAAGACACUAAAUUGAUAGGGUCAUUCCCUCCAUUAAGAUUGAUUUAACUAGGUGAUAGCAUUGCUGUGAAUGGAGUCUUCAUAAAAAGGACUUGCCUUCUCUUACUUUAGCAAACCCUUUCAAUCCUGUUUCUUUCCAUUUGCUGAAGCUCUUAGUGUUAUGGCUUCACAGAAGAGCCAACCAUCACCAGGAAUGAAGACAAAUUAGAGUCCCUGCAUUGAGUAGUCUGACUCAGGCAGCCGGAUAGAGAGUUCCAGACCACCCUCGUCCACAUAGUGGGAUCCAUCUCAAACACAAAACAACAACAACAAAACUCCAGUAUUAUAAACAUACUAGUAGUGGCAAUAGAAAUACGCUGGCAGAACUAGAAGACAGGAUGCCAAAAUCCCCCUUCCCACCCAGAGAAGUCCCUGCACUGUUACCCUGGGCUAGCUUACAAGGAUGGCCAGGAGUGCACAAAGCCUUUUGCUUUCUUUUGUACUGUCUCAUAACAGAAAUUAUUUGGAAUUACACUGCUGCAGACGGAGUUUCCCUCCACUGUUGAUGCCCUUUGAGGGGGUAGUAGGUGGCCACCUUGGAAACAAUACUUUUUUAUUGUUUUUUUUUUUUUUUAAAUGUGAUAACUUACAGAAAAACCUUCAAGUAGAUUAUAGGGAACUCAUUCUGGAUGUUCAAAUGGGCAUCAGCUAGUUUUCAGAACUCCCGCCGAGCGGGCGGUUCUGCUGAGUAAAGACGCCUUUCCUGCUGAAGCGUCCAGCUCACUCAAGCAUGGAAGGAAGGCUGCUAACACUUUUCAAAGUUGACAAAGUACCCAAAGGUGAAUUUUAAAAGCAUAUAUAUUUUACUAUCAUUCCUAACAAAUUAAAGCCAUUGUUAAAUAAACAUGGUCUGUUUUUCUUCAGUAACUUUCUUUUUGGUUAGUUAAGACUUUGAUCCAUAAUUGAGAAGUUCCGUAGAUGGGUGAUGUUGCUGGGUUGUCGUCACGGUUGCGUGGUUUGUGAUCUCUUGUAGGUUAGAGUAAAAUGUAUAACAAUUUUAAUAAAAUUAAAUGUCAUGAACUAUAAA